AUGGGCCGCAAAGCAUACGCUCAAGGAAUAUCAUAUAAAUCCUUCUAUAGCUGGUAUGGAUCUAUGCUUGACAGACUCCAAAGCGAUGGAUCGAACAUACCUGAACACUUUCUACAGCUAAGUGCUCAAGUUGAGACAUGGAAACACUUCUGGCCCAAUGAAGUUUUCUUGGCAAAUAUACCCACAGGAAAACCUAGGGAAACACCCACUGAUCCCGAGGCUCAGAGCCAAACCACAGCGCUUCAUGAGAAGCCACCGCCCUCCGCUGGACACAAUUUAGCUGAAGAUGCUCCAAUCUAUUCAGAUAAUAUUGAACAGAAUACAUCACAAGAAGUCAUUCCACCAGGUCCAUUAAAGUUUUUGCCAACAGAACAAUCGCCGCAAACCCCAAUAGUUUCGCUCCCUUCUACAUAUCAACCAUCAGCUGCACCAUUGCAUAACACUACGCCUUCAGGCAAUAAAUUGGUUACUAAAACAACACCGCUGCUCGAUGGCCGUGACGAUGAUGCAAAUAAUGAUAUCAAGGAUGCGCCCCAUGGUGUAGCUGAUGCCAAGGAAUCUCCAUUUCUACACAAACCAUGUGCCAACAAUGAAGGACAUAUUGGCAUAGCUGCGCAACAGGAAAGAAGGGACUUUUGUGCAAACUGUCAUGCGGAAGAUCACCUUUUGCAGGCCUGCAUGGGUCCCGUGGAUAAUUUCGGUUUUAUCUCAGGUUGUCCUAGAUGCAACACCAUGACGCAUUUAUUUGAGCACUGUCCUAACCAAAAGAAAAAUGAAUCGACGUCAUAUUUACAUUAUCUAGUCACGGCCAGACAUAAUCGUCCUCCAAUUCGUUGGACACAGGAUAUUCGCGGGAUACCUAAAUUUUGGAAUCAGUCGAGACGUCCAUGGACAUGUGAAUACUCUCUUAAGGAAGCAAUUAAGCCUGAAGGCUCAUGUAUUAGCAGCGGCCGGCCAAAGAGAAAUAUAGAUUAUGAUCCGGCGUGGAAUAAUCCUGAUAAAAUUCCCUCUCAAGCUUAUCCAAAGCAGGAGGUCCAGAAUAUGCGUGAACUAGUGGAAUCAAAACUGGAAAAACUUGUUGAUGAAGGAAUUUUAGAACAGGCACGCAAAACAGACCAUCUGCAUAGAUUGGAAAGAUUUCGCAGGCUCUUGGAGGAAGGUUCACCCCUCCUAAGUCAAAAGCUCGAGGAAGUUCUAAAUUCGAGCAGUCAAAUCUCAUCAUUGAUGCUAGAAAAUAGGAGUGGAAUAUUGACUCUAGCCAGAAGCCUUGACUACAUUGCAGAUUUAGAGUGGAAGCAAGCUAGAGGAGAGUGUUUGCUUCUUCAGGAGAUAGAAACGUUGGUGACGAAAAGAAUGAGACUGAUAGACUUAGAAGUAAGGAUCGAUCAUUAUUUGGGAGAGCUUCAUGCUUCCUAUGAUAAUGAAAUGCAACUCAAGCAAAGAAUUAGGAGGUUGUUAAGCGAAGUACAAUGGCUUGCAAGUUUUGAGAGCAGGCGACAAAAUGGCGCGACUCUGAAUCAUGUUAUUUUUGAGAAAAUUGCGACCUUGCAAGAAAAAGAAAAAUACCUGAAAGUUUUGUUUGGCGCUUACCGUCGCCGGUUCUCAUUGCCUCCAGAACCAUUACUUAUUCCGCUCAAAUGGAAGACCACAUCCUGCACCGAUUUCCGCGAUUUCUCAUAUUCCUCAUUUGAUGCUUUGCAUUAUAUCCCGCCGUCAGUAUCACCGCCUCCAAAACCUCGCAGGAAUCCCGAGACAAUGUCGAGUCCCACUAUGGAUUUGGUGAAUACAGCAGAUCAAAACAGUAACAUCCUCAACAGGGAUUUAGAUAAUGAAUAUAUGUAUCGUGUCUAUGAGCAAAACUACGGACGUAGCCUUAGUCCUCACGAUCGGCAAGACUCAUUAGCCUCAGCAGAAGACCUAUCCAUCGUCCCGUUAGAUACAAACAAUUCAUCAAGCGACUCAAAUAGACCAAUGGAACUUACAGGUAGUGUACAAUAUAAGGUCGCACUCUCGAAGAAACAGAAGACAUUAAAGAAGGAGAUAUCGGGAUUACAGAGACAGAUCAAAGAAAUCGAAGGGCUUGAGAAAAGGACAGGAACUCUAACUACCAAACAGCUUCAGCGAAUAGCGAAGAAAGGAGAAAAGAAGGCGAGACUAGCCAGUUUGCGCAGACACCAACAGUCGAAUGACCCAGAAUCACAAACUGUCCAAAUGAUACAAAACCUCGAAAAGAGCCAUUCUUCCAGAUUUACACAGGCCGAAGAGAAAACAGGACCAGUAAAUAAUCUCGGAUCUGGAGUAGCACAAUCAUCAGUCUCUACCUCGUCUUCAAUUGAUUCUCUACCCCCCUUGCCUAGUCAAUUAAAUAAUGUCCAAACGAGAUUUGUUGAAUCCAAACCCCGAGUCUCAGCGCACUCCUAUGCCGGAAAAGCUGCGCAUAUACCACCAACACCGAAGCCUUUAAGAAAAGAAUAUCGCAGAGACAAAGAGGUAUCGUCAAAACAGGAAGAAUGGCCUUCCACGAGCUCCCAAGCUAGAGCACCAAGUACUCCUGUCACCAAAGAAGCCAAAACAAUAUCCUAUGCUGAAAAACUUAGGCAAAUGUCACCCAAGACUCCCUCCAAGCAGCAGAGCCACGAAACAAAUAUUGUGCCUAAAGCACAGGGUGAAUCGCCUUCCAGGAGUUCAGAGGCAAAAGAACUAAACUCUGAUGUUGCCAAAGAAGCUCCAACAAUUUCACAACCUGAAAAAUUUGGAAAAAUUGCACACAAGCCAGAAAAUUCACCAGCGCAGCAGGUUCUUGACGCCCCCAGUAUAUCUAACUUACAGGAGUGGCCUACCAUGAGUUCUCAGACGGAGGUUUCAGCAUCUAAUGUUAAUAAUUGGGCUCCAGAAACAUCAUAUGCUGAAAUGGUUGCGCAAGAACCACCUGAUCCAGAAGCUCUUGAAGAGCGCCCUGGAGACAGUGGUUCAUCUUCAGUACAGGAAGAAUGGCCUUCUAUAAGUUCCCAGACGGAGGUUUUAAGCUCUGAUGUCAUCGACCAAACUUCAGAAAUAUCAAAAGCUGAAAAGAAUGUUCAAGAAUCAAUAUCACCCAAGUUAGAAUCUUCUAAGGAACCUACCGUUAUUAAAACCCCAGCUCCAUUCCCGAUAUUGAGUGCAAUGGAAACACAAGCUACCGCAAUCACCAAUUUAAAAAGUUCCAAAAAACCUACUAUUGCUAAAAUUCAAGAUCCAUUUCCGAUAGUGGUUGCAAUGGAAACACAAUCUGUAGCAAGCGAUGAGUCGGAAUCCACAAGUUAUGCCGAUAUAACUUCCGGCCUUAAGAAAACCACGCAAGAUGUAAAAGCUAGCUUGAAAGUCCUUAAGUCGAAGUUGCCGCCUCCUGUUUAUGAAAUACAAGAGGAUUCCUCGUCGUUGAAUGAACUUCAAUCUUCUCCUGUUACAAAAAACGAAUCGACGUCUGCCUCUAACCGCACAUCAAAAGUUUCCAGCUCAAAGAAUGUCUUUCAAGAAGCAGGCGCUCCUUCAUCUGUGGCACGACAAUCAACAUCUUCUAUUUAUGUACCACCGCAAAGGAGAAGAAUCCCGUCUUCUUGCAGCCUGAAAUCUUCCUCUUCAUUACAAAGCGGAAACACCAAUGUCUACAUACCACCUCGAAGGAGAAGACUCUCCUCUACAUCAGAUGUUGAAUUCAUACUACCUUCUAAUUCCAUCUCGCUAAAUAAAAGACGUCUAUCUUUAGGAUCCAUGGGUGCUUUUUCGUAUAACUGUAAAACCCAUAAGCCUCCCAGUGCUGGAUUUCCCAAGUCACGGCCAAAUCAUCUCAAUACAGAAUCUCCAAAAUUGAGCGUUGUAAUCGAGGGUAAUCAAGAAGGUUCAAAUAGAAGCAUAUCCCCUGAAUUACAGGAUACAAACUCGAAAGAACGGACAUCACCAUUGCAAAAUCCGGCUCUGAAUAAUAAUCAAUUGCUAUUCCCGCCAACAGAGUUCCCAGAAGGCUCAACUAGAAGAAGUUCUUCGACGCCACCAGGUCUGGAUGCGGGAGAUAUGGAUCUCCGUAAGAAUAUCAGUCGAGCAAGUAGUCCAGGAUCUACAAACCUGCAGCUAAAACGAACACGAACUCUGAGGAGACCCGAAAAGCGACGUGCUCUAUCCUCUGGCUCCCCCAUAUCAACUCAAACAUCGUCAUUACUGGUUCCUGCAAUUGCAGUUCCCCAAAGAGAUAUCGCGCGUAAUUAUAAAGCGUCGUCUAAAGCUUCGUCGAGAAUAUUGUCUGAGACGGACUCUUCUGUUGGAAGUGCAAGCGAUACGGAUUCUCCAUUUGAACUUCCGCUGCCAGAUGAUUUUGAUAUCUCAUUCGAGCUUGAGCAUCCUGAUGAGUUUGAUACUUCGCUUCAUCAUCCCAAUCUAGAUGAUUUUCUAUUAAGCGAUGGUGAAGAUGAUGUGAAAAAAUGCCGGGUCUUGAAUUCCCCGGAUUCAUUUGAUUUAGGUAUUUUGUCUGACGGCUCUCCUGAUCAAGAUGCCAUAAACGCAAAUGCGGAUGCAAAUGCGGAUGCGGAUGCAGAUACAAAUGCAAAUGCAAAUACAAUAAUACCUAACAAUACCCCAAACAUCCCAGAAGCACAACCUUCGCGUAUCUCAUGGGCAAAUGAAAGCGAAAUCAUAAUUUGCUGGCAAUGCAACGGAGUAGGACACGUUACAUACGAAUGUCCCGAACGAGUCUUCAACCCUCUAAUCCAAGAAUCCAACAACAGCACUCCCACUACGACAUCUGAGCACAAUACCAACCAGGCAAUAGGAAUCCAAGACACAUCCACUCUGGAUCAAGAUACUGCUUUAAAUACCUCCCCUCCAACAACACCUACAGAGACGAAGCAAACAAAAGAAGAAGAAGAAGAAGAAGACAAAACCCCACUAGAAAGAAACCAUCCCAGUCCUACUCAUCCGCCCGGCGCAAUGAGAGAUGAUGGGUCCAUCGUUCCAUUUGUUGCCGGUGAUUGGAAAUGCGGCUGGAAGAGGUGUCAUUAUUGGAAUUUUGCGGCGAAUUCGUGUUGUUUGCGGUGUGGGGAUCGGGCGGCUUUUAUUCUGAGACCGGGGGUUGCUGGUGCUGGGGUUGGUCUUGAUAUUGAUGCUGGUGCUGAUACUAGUGCUGCUGACAGUUCUGAUGCUGCUCAUGGUACUAUUUGA